UUUGAGCUGUGUAUAUGAGCAGGGGAAUCAUGUUUCUCCCCGUGCCUGUCGCAACCUCGGUACGGUAAGGUUUUCCACAUCAAGCUAAGGGCACAGGAGCAACCUAGGAGAUGGGCGGUGGUUCCUACUCAGCUGGCAACUCUACGACAGUGCCUACGGGGGAAGAGGAGGGAGGUGUGUUCAUGCCCAGAUGUGACUUGUAUUCUUUGCCUGGAUGCCCAAGGAACUUUAAUCCAGUUUGUGGGACUGAUGGAGAAACAUACGCAAAUGAGUGCAUACUUUGUGCUUCAAACAGAGAACAUGAGAAAGAUGUACAAAUUGCCUAUAAGACCUCAUGCACAUGAGACAAGCUUUAAGGAAGAGAAGACAUAUGUACCCUGCUCAGUAGCUGAAACCACAUUUUAAAAGUACCUUCCAAACUGCUACAACAGAAGUAAACUCAUUUGCCCUUAUCCAACUUCUGAAUUUGCUUAAUACAGGUAUUCUGUUGAACAAA